CCCCGCCUUCCUUACAUCCUUGUCUCAACAAUCCGUACGGUAGGUGGGAUGAAGAUUACUACCCGGAUGGACAUUUGUUGCCGUUGUUAAUUAAAAGACUUUUUUAUUUCUUGACUUGGUUCUUUUGAUUCCAAUCCAGGCCCUUUGAUCUUCCUAUCCUGUUGCUUCUAUUUCAAUUGGUCCCCACGUCAUUAACGUUCUCCCACAGCAAGCCUGAGAGACACUGUAGCUAUGUACACAGCUUCUGUGAGUUUCAUUCAGUCGUUCAAAAAUUAUAGUUAUCCCCUUGAGAUUUCCGUUCGAAUGAAUUUUAAGACAAUUCAAUACAUUUCUGUUGCCCAUUCUCAAGUUUAGGUGUCUUCUAAUGCAGUACUAAUAUGUGAAUAGUUCGCCUUCUUCGAGGCGUUAUGGGAGGUGAGCUUGACUAAUCUCUCGCCCCAAACAUAUAACUUGAUAAAUAACAAUUCUCCAGGCGGGCAUCACCCAUUGCUUUGUCAAUCUAGGCUCCGAUCACCCCUCCAUCCUAGAGGCGAUGGUAAAAGGACAACAAGAGAAUGAUGGCCAAUUCCCACGAAUAAUCACAUGUCCCAACGAGGUACGGCAUUCCAUCAAAAGCUCUUUGAACCACGUGGGAACUAAAACCAUCGAAAUAGAUGGUAGCUCUUUCCAUGGCCGACGGCUUCGCCCGUCUCACCCGCAAACCGCAAUGCGUAAUAGUCCACGUAGACGUAGGAACGCAAGGGCUGGGAGCCGCAAUCCACAACGCCUCAUGCGGACGAGCCCCCGUCCUGAUAUUCGCGGGUAUCUCCCCCUUCACGAUAGAAGGCGAGAUGCGAGGUUCGAGAACCGAGUACAUCCAUUGGAUCCAGAUGUUCCCAAUCAGCAGGAAAUCGUGAAGCAGUACUGCCGAUACAGCGCGGAGAUCAAGAGCGGCAAGAAUGUGAAGCAGAUGGUUAAUCGGGCGCUGCAAUUUGCGACUAGCGAUCCAGCCGGACCAGUGUAUUUGUGUGGUGCGAGGGAAGUUAUGGAGGAAGAUUUGACGCCGUAUCAUCUGAAGCAGGAGGAAUGGAGCUCCGUUGAGCCAGCGGCUUUAAGCGAGGGGGCUGUUGCGAGGAUUGGAGAGGCUUUGGUGAAGGCUAGGGAGCCGCUGGUUAUUACGGGCUAUAGUGGACGGAAUCAUGAUGCUGUUGGGGCUUUGGUGAAACUCGCUGAUACUGUGAAGGGAUUGAGAGUUCUGGAUACCGGGGGAAGUGAUAUGUGUUUCCCAGCUGAUCAUAGAGCGUGGUUAGGGUUGAGAUAUGGUGUUGAUGAAUGUGUGAAAACCGCAGAUUUAAUUUUGGUUCUUGAUUGCGGUAUGGGUCCUUUCAAUCCCCCAAAGUUCAUUUAUACUCAUUCAGAAACUAGACGUCCCAUGGAUCAACACACAUAAUCACCCAUCCCAUACAGCUCAGAUUUUUCAUAUCGAUACAGAUGUUCUCAAACGCCAGAUGCCAGUUUUUUACAUCGCAGCAUCAGCUCGCUACAGCGCAGAUUCCUUCACAGCCCUCACACAACUCAACAAUUAUAUUUCCAGCUCCCAAUCACUGACAGCAUAUGAAGACUUCCACACCAAGCAAUGGGCCAAAUUACUCACGUCCUAUGAGACUCGAAUGACCAACAUCUCCAUCCAAGCACAACCCAAAGAAAACGGCAGCUUCGGAACAGGACAUCUCUGCGCAACACUGCGUAACCUCGUUCCCCACGACACAAUAUGGGCCAUAGAAGCUGUAACCAACACCCCCUUCGCAGCAGACAACAUCCGGGCCACCAUCCCAGGGACUUGGAUCAACUGCGGCGGCGGAGGACUAGGCUGGUCCGGUGGCGGAGCCCUAGGCAUAAAACUAGCCUCCACCCAGAUCCACGGGCCUAACAACCCCAAAUUCGUCGUGCAAAUCGUAGGCGAUGGAACUUUUCUAUUCAGUGUUCCAUCCAGUGUAUACUGGAUCUCGCAACGCUACAAUCUACCCAUCCUAACCAUUGUCCUGAAUAACAAAGGCUGGAAUGCGCCCAGGAAGAGCAUGUUGCUGGUCCAUCCUGAUGGGUUGGGCUCCAAGGUUUCGAAUCGCGAGUUGAAUAUUGAGAUUGCUGGGCCGGAUUAUGCGGGGAUUGCGAGAGCUGCUAGUGGUGGGUGGUGUUUUGGGGGAAAGGUUGAUAGCACGGGGAAUUUGGCGACGGUGCUUAGGGAGGCGGUGGAAGCUGUCAAGGGGGGGAGGACGGCUGUUGUUGAGGCGGUUGUAGAGCCUGGUUGUUGA